UUCAUAGAAAGAAAAAAAAAGAAAAAAGAAAAGAUUAUUGCAAUUAUCGCACGUGCUGUCCCCAUCCUGAUUUCAGAGCUUCCUUCAGAUGUUCCUUAAUUGAAAGUUUUUCUAGGGUUUAUUCAAUUGGGAUUUGGGAACGAAACCUCUCUCCAUCCCGCACUUUGAUUCUCCGAUCAUACCCUUUUGUUCUCCGAAUUCUGUUGGCUUGUAGGAUAAUAUGCUUUUGGCUAUCUUGAUUAGCCACUAAUGCUUUCGUUUGGGAAUUUUUGAUCCCAUAAUGGUGGACAAUCUGAAGUUAGCUUAGCCAAUGGAGAUAAUAGAUUAUUUUGCUCUUUUUACCAAGUUGGAAUACUCGCCUCCUACAUGGGCAAGUUUAGCUGCUGGUGGCUUUGUACUCCUCACUCUUACCCUUUCACUUUACCUUCUAUUGGAGCACCUAUCUGCAUACAAGAAUCCUGAGGAACAAAAGUUUUUGAUUGGAGUUAUCCUCAUGGUCCCCUGUUAUGCAAUAGAAUCUUUUGUAUCAUUGGUGAACCCAUCUAUUAGUGUUGAUUGUGGAAUACUUCGGGAUUGUUAUGAAUCCUUUGCCAUGUAUUGCUUUGGAAGAUACCUUGUAGCAUGCUUGGGUGGGGAGGAGAGAACUAUAGAAUUUAUGGAAAGGCAAGGCCGCGCCAGUGCUAAGACUCCUCUAUUAGAACCCAGUUCGGAAAAGGGAACUGUAAAGCAUCCUUUUCCAAUGAACCUUUUCCUAAAACCAUGGAAACUUGGCCAAUGGUUUUACCAGAUUAUCAAAUUCGGAAUUGUUCAGUAUAUGAUAAUCAAGGCUUUAAGUGCUAUGUUAGCAUUAAUUCUUGAAGCCUUUGGUACAUAUUGUGAAGGAGAAUUUAAAUUGGGAUGUGGAUAUCCUUAUAUCGCAGUUGUUCUCAAUUUCAGCCAGUCAUGGGCUUUAUAUUGUCUAGUUCAAUUCUAUGCCGUAACAAAGGAUGAAUUGGCCCACAUAAAACCUCUGUACAAGUUCCUGACUUUUAAAUCAAUUGUGUUUCUGACCUGGUGGCAAGGUGUGGCAAUCGCUGCUCUUUAUGCCUUUGGUUUGUUCAAAAGUCCAAUAGCUCAAGGCCUACAAUUCAAGUCAAGCGUCCAAGACUUCAUCAUUUGUAUAGAGUUUGACAAAUACAGUGUUCAUCCAGUACAGAUGUGCAUUGCUUCUAUCGUUCACCUGUAUGUGUUUCCUGCAAAACCAUAUGAGCUAAUGGGAGAUCGCUUCCCUGGGAGUGUUGCAGUUCUUGGGGACUAUGCAUCCGUUGACUGUCCUUUAGAUCCUGAUGAAGUUAGGGACAGCGAACGCCCAACAAAGCUUCGCCUUCCCACUCCUGAUAUUGAUGUCAAGAGUGGUAUGACCAUCAGAGAAAGUGUUCGGGAUGUUUUUGUAGGCGGCACGGGAUAUAUAGUGAAUGAUGUGAAGUUCACGGUAACCCAAGCAGUGGAGCCAGUUGAGAAGGGGAUCACAAAGUUCAAUGAGAAAUUACAUAAGAUCUCCCAAAACAUAAAGAAACACGAAAAGGAUAAAAAAAGAACAAAGGAUGACAGUUGCAUUGGACCGCCUCCUGCUCGAAGGGUGAUUCGUGGUAUUGAUGACCCUCUGCUGAAUGGGAGUAUUAGCGAUAGUGGGGUUUCUAGGGGAAAGAAGCAUCGCCGAAAAUCAGGAUAUACAAGUGCAGAAAGUGGGGGAGAGAGCAGCAGUGACCAAAGUUAUGGUGGAUAUCAGAUUCGAGGCCACAGAUGGCUUACCAAAGAUUAGUUGUGCGGAGAAUUGUGGGAGAUUGAAGGAUGGAUGGCUUAUUAUCAUAUCAAAGUAAGGUUCUAACGACAGAGGCUUGUUACCGGCAUUUUGCCUGACUUGACAAAGGCAGUUUACCAAUCCUACGUGUUAGCUUGACUUGGAUGCUGUGGGUUGUUUGAUCUGAAUUUAUCUGCUGUAAGGAUGCUCAUGUUCUCUGUGCCGCAGCUGGUGGAAUAUAUGUUGCUAUUAUUAUGAUUGGUUUCUGAAAUUCCUGUACAGAACUUACCCAUGAAUUGGGGUAUUGUUGAUAGAGGGGGUAAAGAAUCUUGUUGCAUAAUUGGCAUUUUAUACUAUCGAAACAUGUUCAGGAGUGAAAUAUAAAGAACAAUGACGCUGUCUUUGGGAAAUUGAAAUAUUGGCCAAGCCUUUUCCCAUUGAACUUUAUGCUUCAAGAAAUAGGUUUUCUUUUUUCUACCUUUAAUAGCUUAUGAAUUUGAAUCAGUACAAGCUUAUAAUAAAGCAUCAUGAAUUUGCGCUA